UAUGCGUUGUGGAUGAUACGCGCGGAGUAUGCAUGCAUCAUUCCUGUGACUUUGCAUUUGAAAGGAAUACUACUUGGAAAUAGCAGUUUGAGAGGCUUUGGUUGUUGUUUUUGUGUAUCCCCCCACCCCCCCUUGUCAUAUGUGCAACAAAAUGUCAGAUGUUCGCCUUUCUAAUGCGAGCCCGACAUUGGAGAGGGUGGAUGCGCGGCAGCCUGACAACCUCAGACCUCCGGUCCGCAGAAACCUUUUCGGCAGACCUGACCCCGAGGAGAUACAGAGGAAUGUGACGGCUUCGUUGCAGGAAAACGUGCAGUUUUUUAGGGAGAGGUAUAAUUUCGAUCCAGAGAACAACAGACCGCUCACUCCGCGCAAUUACGAGUGGGAGGAGGACAGCAACCCGCCGGAGUUUUAUCUCAGACAGCCUCACGGGAGCCAGCGGCCACAGCGAGAUGCGGACUUGUCCGGCGAUAACAACCGGCAGGAUGCCGAGGAGAGGAGUGAAAGGCAGACGAAUCGCCAACCAGACAGAAACGGGUCAAGGAAGAGACGCUCGGGAGCUUUAGGUCCCUGCUCCAGCGAGUGUCAGAGGAGAAAAAGGUCGCAUACCGACGAAGACGAUGAUGAAGACCAGUCGGACUGUGCAGGAAGUCAGGCGGUGAAAGCCGCGGAGGAGGGACCCAGCAGGCCAGAGAGCAGCGCAGAGGUCCAGUGAAAAACAGUGCCAGAGCGGGGAGACAUGUUGCUGGUGGAAUACUGUAGCCUUUCUCAUCAUCUGACAGACGGGGGAGAAAAU